CAUUUAAAAAACAAAUUUCACUGUUGUACAUACGUUAGUCGAUCGUAUUUCAGGAGCAACUGUGUAGAGGUUUGAUUUAAGUAACAGUAACAGAGCAGCUUACCAUUCGAAUUAUUUGUCAAGUCGGAAGCCAGAAAUUGUUUCUGGAGAAACAAGUGGCCGGUAUCUGGAUUUGUUUUGAAAUGGCGCAUUCGGACAAUUCCAUUAUUUUCUUACUUACUUCGGUGUGCCUCUUGAUAACUGCCGCUCGAAUCAACGGAGGCAAUGCGAAAGUGGAAUACGCACCCACUCCAGUAUUAAAGCGGUUGGCAGAAGGAAUCAACCAUCUCCCGCCAUCCGGAAAUGACUGGGGCCAUCAUGAAAGCGAGAUCAAAGCACAAGGCGGUGUUGCUCCCGUAAAUGUCACAGUAAACAUGUAUCUGCGCCAGAUAAAACUGGAUCCAACAAAAAUGGAACUGAAUACCGAUAUGACACUUCGCGUUAUGUGGAUUGACCGGCGUCUUUCAUGGGAUACCGACAAACAUCCGGAAUAUGGAAAAUAUUUGAGUCUGACCGCAAAAGAUGCUCACCAUGUAAUCUGGAUGCCGGAUUUAUUCUUCGGCAAUGAAAAAUCGGCUCAUUUACACCAGAUUACAACUCCCAAUUUCCUUGUGCGAGUAUAUCCGGACGGUCACGUUUACAUGAGUUCCCGAAUUUUGAUGACAUCAUUUUGUCGCUUGAAUUUCUACUGGUUCCCAUUUGACAACCAGACCUGCACAUUGGAUCUGGGAAGCUAUGGACUAACAACCGAAGACAUACACCUUCAGUGGAACAGAGAUGGUGGUUUAAGUUCCGGUGAACCUGUUACUUUUAAUCUGAUGGGAUCCACGGGAAAAUAUGUUAUUAGCUACUUUCAAGUCGACGAGCACGAUGCGGUUACCUUAACUGGUACAUACAGGAAAUUAACUGUCCAGCUAGGACUGCGUCGAGAAAAUCAUGCUUCCUUUGUUUGGCGGUAUUUCUUACCAACGGGCACAUUGGUGUGUAUUUCUUGGCUGUCCUUUUUGAUACGUCCCACAAAAAUUGCCGCAAGAUUGCUUAUCGGUCUAGCUGCUUUGUUGGGUUUAUACCAUCUUCAGGUCAGUUCCGGCCUGGAGCCAUCGGCAGCGACCUCUACAACCGCCUUUGAUAUCUGGGGAGUUCUCUGCGGACUGAUCGUUGUCGCUUCGCUUGUGGUGACAGUGGUUGUUAAUUACCUGGCGCACCGCACCACGGUGCUGGUGACAAAAGUUACAACAGAGGAGUUUCUGCACCAUCAGAUACCGGCGUCCACUCCACUGUUAGAUCCAGAUCACCGUCGAUGUGAUAAACAGGUUUGUACUGUCACACAGGGCAGUGUGUUGGAUAGAAUCUGCCUGAUCGUUCUUCCGGCCACGUUCUUCAUAACUUCUGCAGUGUUUUUCGGAAUUUGUUUGAUGUGAUUUAAUCGAUGUCAGGGGUUAUUACAAAUGAAUUUAGCAAUUUAGCCCUGUUCUUGCCGACUUCUCGUCAUAUCUUAUUGGGACUGCCUUGUUUUAUAAUUAAGUUAGUACAGUAACUGAACUGUUUUAGAAUUCCUCUGUAUGAAUUUCGCUACUUGGAUUAUGUUAUGUAUGUACAUUAUACACUCACCGAGCACUUUUUAUUACUACAUUGCAAUUGUCUCAGGUUAUCUGCGGAUUGUAAUACCGAACCCAUUUUUUA